ACGCGUGCUGGUCAGGAGGAUAGUGGCAGAAAGAAAGGGGUGAAAGAAGGAGAGAGUGAAGUGGCAGAAGUGACAAAGGACAAGACAGAGAGUAGGACAGAGAAUGGGGCUGCAGCCCAGUGUAGCAGAUUGCCAUGUUCAGACAAUGGAGUGUGCAUGGAGCAGCAGAACCAAAACAGGACACAGCUCAGCUCUAUGUUGGAUCAAUAAACGGUAGAUGAGUUCAGACUUCAGGCGAUGGAGUGGAAACCUUAUUAUUAAGAAGCAUUGCUCGGCCGGUCUGACUGCAAAUUGAGUCCUGAGUUUGGAAUUUCUAAGAACUGACAUUACAAGGAUAAAGUCUCUCCAUUCUUUGGAAACCUACAGAAACUUGGACUAAUGCAAACUUGAAGCUGGAUUGCAUUAAUAUUCAGACGGACAAAAUGAUGCGAAAAGCAAUGUCCCUUCCUUGACUUUUCAGACCUUUAAGUGAGCCAAAAAAGGAAUGGGGAGGCGAGCGGCUGACCUGACGACGCCGGUUCCGGUGUUGGGUGUCCCCGCCUCUGUCGGGGUGCGGAGUUGGAAGACAACAGGAGGAGACAGAAGCGGAGGAGUCCUGCUGCAGACUUGGGGACAGUGCAGCAUCGGCAUUCAGACGUCUCCGGGGAUUAGCAGAUCACUUGUUCAGCUACCUGAUAGCGUCUCAAACAAUGUUACUCAAACAUCUAACGCAUAUACCACCAAGGAAACCCGGGCUAUAUUGCUUCACGUAAAGAAUGACAGUGAGAAAAGGGCUAUUUUAAGGCAGAAAACUGAGGAAACCGAGGAAACCAAGAUCAAAAAGGAAGUGACUUUCAAAGCAAUUGGAGGUGUCGACUCAAAGGAUGUUGCCGGCUGUCAAAAGAGAAGUGGUGGGAUGUACUGCUAUGCCAGGGCAAUUAAAACCAAUCCCCUCACGGCAGGCACCACCAGCAGUGGCAGAUCCAGAUUGAAGUCUUCCACCCGUUACAUCAACGGAAGCGUAGUGGAUUCUGAGGCAAUCGGCGGAAUCAUCGAAGUCAAGGAUGACGCAGAGCCCUCAAAGGCCGCGACUUCUCAUGGAACGGUCUCGCACCAUCCUUGUGCAGACCAGUCAAAAAAUACGUGCAACCACCAUGGCGGGAAGCAGUCUGUAAUAUCCAGAGGCGCCGUCCCAGGGGAGACCGGCCCCGUUUCCGAAGCUCUCUUUGGGGAGAAGGCAUCAAAGCCAGCGCUCACAUCUCUGUUUACUGCCACACAUUUACAACUUCCUCCUGCACUGAAACAAAACCAACUAAACUCUCAGAGCAGCAGAGUAAAAAACACACAGAAUGCAAGUAACCCACAUCUGUAUUAUCUUAAUGAAGAGAUAACAUAUAGACAAACACCCCACCCUGCAUGUCCAGUACAUUCCAGAGUUGGUCCAGGAACUCUGUAUCAUACACAUGCUUCAAGCGACGUGACAUCCAUCCAACCGGAAGCCAUUCUCCACACUAAAACUGUUACAUUUGCUAAAGCCAGAACUGAAAGCAGGCAGGAGAAUUCCACUAUAAACUUUUUCGCAAAACCCAACCAGAAUAAUAAAAUUUCCCUCCUUUCAAGUUUUUACUCGACACCUCAAAUGGCCACGGCAACCAAAACUUUUCAAACUUCCCCUAAGCGCCUCAAGACAUCGCCUCACCAUUCCCUACAAGAUAAUAUUAUUCAAAAUGUAUGUGUCUCUGUGCAUGCUGUGCCCGAGUGUCCACCUUUAUCUUUGUACACUGUAGCCAUGGGAACUCAAAGAUCAUCCAGUCCAGUUGCACAGGCAACUUUUAAUUUGGAGAGGAUGUGUCCGCAUAGUAAUGCCAGUCCAGCACCAGAAGCCUUGCACUCAACACACAAAGCACACAUUCUUGAAUCAGACCCUUCUUCAGAUCUCACAAUGGUAAGCGCCCCAUCUGAUUUAGAUAAAUGUCAGGAAAAGCCCCCUUCAAGAGCUGCCGACGUAUUAACUAAAAUAUCUCUUGUUGACAAUACAGCUCAAUUCCCUGCUUCUGCUAAUCCGCCUCAGAAACCUGCACCGCAUUCGCUCCUAAGUGCCAACGUCCCGAAGAUCACUUUGAAUUAUAAAGUUAAUCCAGAUCAAAUUACAUGUAGAGGUAGCACAGACAAAGCUGUGGCUCUGCAAAUCCACUCGGUUCAGCCUAACUCCUCAGACUCUGAAACUGAGCUGCCUAUUUCCGCAUCCUCUGCAUGCACGAUAUCUGGUGCAUCUAAGUCUCCAGAAGCAAAAGGUGAGUCGCACGCAUCUCUCCUGAACUCCGUUGCUGGUCGUUGCACAGUCUAUAAAAAUGCGACCGCCAAAACUGAGGUGAAACAAGUCACAUCCCUGAACAGUUCUCUGCCAUCUCUGGGCAGAGAAAGACGAGAUAAUGUUGCUGCAUCCAGUACAUGUUUGCUUCAGUUUACAGACGCAACUGAGGUACUAAGGAACAGUGAUGCACAUGACAAAAACAAAGCUCAUCGCACACAAGCACCAGACAUCAGCAGUCAAAACAGUAAUAAACCUCGUGUUUGGGGUGUCGUUACCAGCCAGCAGAGCAACUCCAUAGCAACUCCGCUCAUCAAGUCGCCAAAUAUGUUAGAAACCGCUGAGGAAGGACGUGAAACUAAAAGCCAACACACUAAUCCAACCAUCAACCCCAAUGUGGAAUUACAAUGUAAUAAAAACAAAUGUAGCGACCAUGCUGUCAAUGAAGUAGUGGUGCACAAGUCUGAAGAGCAUAAAAAUUCAAGGGUCACUAACCCUCAGAAUUGCUUUUCCCCAAUUAAGUCAAGCACCUUUCUUCCGCAGGGUUGUCUGGACAGAGAAAAACAAAGACUUAAACAUUAUAAAGGAUGCACACAAGCAGACUAUGAGGGACACAGUGCAACAAGCCCACUGGGACAAGCAGCCAGGCACCCCGAUUCAAAUGCACAACAGUUUGCCUUGGGUGCAGCAGCCAGCCGUGCAAAUAGUACGUUUGAAUCCAAUGCAGAUGGGCAGAAGCAUCUCAGUUAUUCAUCGCCCCCGGUCGCAACACAAACUAAAUGUGAACCCAAUAUCUCGCAAACAAACACAGAGGUGAAACACAUCACCCAGUCUGCUGACUGCCAAAAUCCCAAUUUUGAUAUUACAUUACGAAGGCAACCACAAACAAGUCCAGAACGUUCUGUCAGCGUGCCAGCAUCAUUCACCGGCGAAGGAGGGCUCUCAGCACACACAGGCCCCGAACGGGAGUUCGACCUACAGCCGUCUGCAAUGCUCUCUAAAUCGAGUUUCCCCCUCUGGUCCAGAGAGGUGGAGGGAAUAAGCAGACCAGAUUUAAAGUUUAGCCCCGCUGCUCCUCAGUCGGGCCCUGAGGGCACCGGGCUGUCUCACUCCCACCCGUCCGACGCAGCGCUGCUGUUGCCGCCUUCCCCGCAGUGCUGCAGAUCUGCAGGCCUGGAGCAGAGGCUCAAGACUGUGGAGGCCAGCCUGGCGGCCAACAAGGACAGGAUCACCACCCUGCUUAACAUCAUUCAGGACCUGGAGACAUGCAAUGCUCCCAGCAGCCUUCGGAGAUAUCAUAAAAGUGGACUCGACCUGAGAAACUGCUCGACCUGCCAGAAGACUGCUUGUAUUGUGUACAGUGUUGAGUAUGACUUCAGGCAGCAGGAGCGACACUUCUUGGAGGUUCUGAAUCACUCACCAGGUGACAGCAACAGUUUCCCCGCACAUCUGGCGGAGCCUUUAAACCUCAGCCUCCUCCGACACGCAAUCUCUAAGAACCUCGCAAAGACAAAGUUGAAGAGUAAAAAGCUGUGCAAGACUCUGCUCAAGUGGAUUCCAAGAAAAAAAUCAUCCACUGUAGAUCUCUGUGUUACCAGCAUGUGACCAGAAUGCAAGAGUCUACCCUGAACUACAGUUUGGAAUAAUCUUAAUAAAACCUAACCACAAAACUGGCAGCUACCCAUUACUAAGAGACAGUAGGUCAUUGGGUUAUCGUUUAAUCAACCAGUACUAUGGUACCACUGGCUACGAGAUACUGUAACAUAGUUUUUUUUGUUUGGUUGGGUUUUUUUUUACUAGAAGUUUUCUUAACAAGACAAGUUUAAAGGUAAAACAGAAGAAAAGUGGAAUUUUGCAGAAUGCUAUAAAGGUUUGUUCUAAAAGCUGCUGCACUAGGCUAUCACAGAGCAGAUAUACAAGUUUUCAAAUUACUUUAAUAUGUUCAAAUUCAUAUUCUGUCUUAUUGCAGCAACAAACUUCAGUGCAUAAUAUUUGGAUUUUAUGUGACAGAGCAAGAUAAAGGUCAGCAUUAUAUAAAAAGAAAAUAAAACCUAAAACAAAUUGAACCCAAAAAAGUGCAUUUGUGUACAACCCAUUACUCUCAUAACCCACAAUAAAGUCUUUAGCAACAAAACUUCAGAAAUCACCUAAGUAAUAAAUUAGACCUAAAAUGCAUGUAAUUUAAUCUCAGUAGAAAUAAACUGUUCUGAGACAAAACGGCAUACAAAUAAUGUUGAAAACAUGUUGAAAGAUUGGCUGCGUAAAUGAGGUCAUCACUACAUAAUGUUUCCACUCAUGUCUUAGAAUGUCUUUGUGGAACCAAUAGCAGCCUUUGACCAGAACCUCAGACUGCGAGACGAUGUAUCUUUGUGGUGCAGAGCAACAUAUCCCACAGAAUACUGUGUAUUGAUCUCAAAAUUGAAAGAGUACGGCAGAACAAACUGACCAAACAUCGUUAUGUCUUAACAGACAGAGCGGUCAAAGAGAGCACUGAUGUUCCGCAAAGAGGCUCAACUCUGGAGGAGCUGCAGAGGAUCAAAUGACAGAAGGACUAUCAGUCAAUUAAUCCAUAUGGAUGGUCCAUAUGGAUGUUUGCAUGGUUUAAAUCAGUGCAUAUGAAUGUUAUAAUGGCAAACAUAAAUUAAAACUAAUAAUAGGAGAAUUUAUGUCACUUGAAACUUAUCAGAUGGUCUUCAUCUGUUGUGACUGAGUUUUCAGCCACUUUUCAAAGAAACAGUCUCUAGACGUCAAAUGGCAGAGACAUUUCACAAAGUCCUUGCAUUUGUCAUUGCAGUAAAAUGGUGGUUCAAAAAGUCUUGACUUAGAUGCAUCGAAUAGAAAUGGGUACUGCACUUCCCAGAUUUUAAACAAUUUGUUUUAUGUCAUUUCAGUCUAUCACAUAAAAAGCAAAAAAAAAAAACCCCAAAACAUAAAAAUUUCCUUCUGGCCAUACCUUGGCAACAUGGGAAGUAAACUUCAGGUUUAUUAUACCCAGCAUGAGUGGUCCACAGCCUGACAACCCUCAUAUGUCAGAGCAGGAGGAUGCCUGCACUUGAAGAUAUGUGGUUGGGUAUUUUUUUACUUAAUGUAUCCCUGGUAGAUGCAUGCUGUCAUCACAUACAACUGAAACCAGAAGCUUAGAUAAACAAAAUGUUAAAAAAUUAAUAAAAGAAAACACCAUUUCUCACCAUCUGAACUUAAGUCACAAAAAAUAUUCUCUUUCUUUUGGUCAGUUAGAAUUACUAAAAUUAUUUACAUUUACUUACUGAGAUAACGAGAGAAACAGUAUGUCAGGGAUGUAAUUUUUAAUGUAUUCAAAAGAAAUCAGACACUCAGAUAGAUUUCCUCUCUAUUUGGUAGUGUUACCUAUGACUUUGGUCAAGUGUUUUGGGGAUGCUUCCCACGAGCUUCUCGUAACAGUUUGCUGGAAGUCUGGCUGAUUCCUCCUGAUAGAACAGGUGGAACUGGGAUAGACUGGUUUUGUCCCAAAGUUUUCAAAAGUGGUAUAAGGAUUUCUUUGUUUUGCUUUUCAAUGUUAAUAUUUAAAUAUGCCUGGUUGUAUUUGAUGACUAACCCCAAUCCCAGAUUUCUAUAUUUAAUUUUCUAUAUACGACUGUUCUCUUUGCACUGUUGAGAUUAAUGCAGUUGACUGAAAGUUGACCUAUUAUCUUGUUCACCUUAAAAUAAACGUCACAAGCUUUGUUUCACUGACUGUUGAUUUCUCCCCGGUGUUGUGUUGUGUUCCUAAUAAAGAUUCAGCACGUCCAA